UCUAUCUACAGAGCCUAACUUUUCAUCCCAUUCUUAGAGAAAGUGAAAAUCAAAAUUAGAUAUAAUCCAAAACUGAGUUGAAGCAUAAACGUAAAUCGCCUCCCAUCCUUCACUCAUCUCCUCCUUAUCCGAAACUGAGUUGCACUAUAAACCUGACUCGCUGCCAAUCAUUCAUUCAUUCAUUUCCUUCUAAUCCAAAACUGAGUUGAUUUUGUUACAAAAAACCCACAGUCCCGGCAUCUCAACCGUUAGAAUGUCAUUUUCAGUGUUAAGUAACGGUGCUGCUUCUGCUAUCACUCUUUCUCCUUCCAACAAUUUCAAUCGUCGCCGAUUUUACUCUCAUGCUCAUUCCAAUUCCCAAUUUCAUCAAAAUCACAAUCUUGUUGAUGCUGAUUCUUCAUUCAAUAGAAUUCUCGAUGUCAACCCUAUCCCAUCAUCCGUCUUCGAACUCGGUAAGAUGUUAACUUCCCUUGUUAGAAACAAGCAGUUUCACACUGCUAUUUCACUCUCUCAUCAAAUGGAGCUCAAUGGAAUUCAACCUAACUUUGUUACUUUGAACAUCUUGCUCAAUUGUUUCUGCCACCUUAGUCAACUCAAUUUUGCAUUUUCUGUAUUAGCAAAAAUUCUCAAGCUAGGUUAUCAGCCUAAUACGGUAACAAUGACUACACUUAUGAAAGGCAUGUGUCUUAGUGGUCAGGUUAAUAAAGCUUUGGAUUUUCAUGACGACAUUAUAUCAAAGGGAUUUCAGCUUAAUCAAGUUAGUUAUGGAAUCUUGAUUGAUGGCUUAUGUAAAAGAGGAGAAACAACAGCUGCCCUCCGGUUGCUUAGAAAGAUUGAAGCGUUAAUGGUUAAACCGGACAUGGUAAUGUACAACAUAGUCAUUCAUAGACUUUCCAAGGAUGAACUUGUGAGUGAUGCCCUUCAUUUAUAUUCUGAAAUGAUUGUCAAGAAUAUUUAUCCUGAUGUUGUCACUUACACUAAUUUAAUAUACGGCCUUUGCAUUGUGCGUCAAUUCAAAGAAGCUAUUGGUUUGUUAAAUAAAAUGUUGUUGAAAAACAUCAGCCCAAAUGUUCUUACUUUUAAUAUACUGAUUGGUGGUUUAUCUAAGGAAGGAGAGUUGAGAAAAGCUAAAAAUGUCUUAGCUGUUAUGAUAAAACAAGGUGUGAAACCAGAUGUUGUUACUUAUACUUCUUUAAUAGAUGGGUAUUUUUUGGUUAAAGAAGUGAACGAGGCCACAUAUGUAUUCAACACUAUUGCUCAAACGGAAGUGAAACCUAAUAUUUGUACCUACAAUGUCAUGAUUAAUGGAUUAUGCAAGAAUAAAAUGUUGGAUGAAGCCAUGAAUCUCUUCAAAGAAAUGUAUUUAAAAAACAUCUCUCCUGAUACUAUAACAUACAGUUCGCUUAUUGAUGGGCUUUGCAAAUCGGGGAGAAUCUCUAAUGUUUGGUAUUUUCUUGAUGAGAUGCAUGAUAGAGGCCAUCCUGCUAAUGCGAUCACUUACACUUCUAUAUUGGAUGCAUUGUGCAAAAACCAUCAGUUUGACAAGGCAAUUGAAUUAUUGGCGAAGAUCAAAGACCAAGGAAUUCAGCUAAAUAUGUAUACAUACACUAUACUUGUCGAUGCACUAUGCAAAAAUGGAAGACUUAUGGAUGCACUAGAGGUUUAUCAAGAUCUUUUGAUUAAAGGCUACCAUUUAGAUGUGACGAUGUAUACUGUUAUGAUUGAUGGGCUUUGUAAAGAGGGCUUUCUUGAUGAAGCAUUGUUCUUAAUGUCAAAAAUGGAAGAUAACGGUUGCACCCCUAAUGGCAUAACUUACACAACUCUUAUUCAUGCUCUGUCAAAAAAUGGCAAGAAUGAGAAGGCGGUGAAACUUCAUCGUGAAAUGAUUGUUAGAGGUCUUUCAUAUGAAUAAAACUAGAAUAUGGAAGGGUAAUUACAAUGUAUUAAUAAAGUAGUAGAGCAGGCACACAUGAAGCAAUUUGUAGAUAAAGCAGACCCUCUACUGUCGAGCAACUAUGGUAGAGCUGUUGGAUCUGGGAGCAAGGAAGUGUAGUUGGAUCUACCAUCUCUACAAAUCCUACAGAGGAUCAGGUCCAAAUAUUAGACCUCAUAAACAAUGGUUUGUGUUUAAUAGGCUGCACCUUUAGCUAGUUGCGAGGUAUUCGGUUCAUUUUUGGUCUUCCAACAUUAAGAUUAGAUACUGUGUUGUGAAUUCGUCAAUAAAAUCACACCAAUGAAAACUUGAUGUGUGGAGCAAUAGAACGGAAACCAUAAUUAAGCGGAAUAAGCAAUAAUAAUAACAACACCGAUAAAGAAGAUAAAGGAGAAGAAAGAACACAAUGUUUGUUUACCCAGCUCAGUCCAACAAUGACCUACUCUGGGGAAGAUAGCAGCCCCUCCGUUCCACUAUAUCAAAUAAGUAACUUUACAAGAAAUUCCCAAUUGGGUUACAAGAAUUAAUCCUAAUUCUAUCCAAAACCCGAAUCUCUUCCCGUGGCCAAGAGACUCAAUUUGAUAAGUGUUUCCCAAGGUGAAUUGAAUAACCCUUUGCCCAACCCUAGAGUUAUACCAAGAGACAACCCUCUUGUUUCUCCCUAAAACCCUAGCCUUGGUGUUGCGGCAAAUCCUUAUUCAGUAACUCCUCACAUGGUGUUCUCUUAUUUUUCUAUGAAUAAAGCACUCCCUAUUUAUAGAAAAAUAUAUGCCAAAAAACUAGUAACAAAUCUGUUUUAAAAUAAAACAAAUCCAAGUCAGAGUGCCCUCCAAGAAAAUAUAUUUUCACAAAAAAUCUGCAUAACUGCAUCACGCGUCUGCGCCUCGCGCAGCCCUCCCUGCGCCUCGUGCAGAGGCAGAACCUGACUUCUGAAGACAGAAAACAAAUCUGCGGAUUUCAACAGAUACAUUUAAACUCCAACUGAUGGAGCAAGAUUGCAUACACCUGUUUUUCAUUUUCCCGGACGGAAAGGGUUGCGGGACAUAAAUCAAGUCAUUUUUCUGGUCGAAAAAGGUUGCUGAAGCAAGCUUCCAUACACUCAACCCAUUUCAAAACUUGAGGUUGUAACCGAGAGGAAAAUUGUUGAAAGAUGAAGCUAGAAAGCUGGUUUAUUAAGACGUAUGACCAUACAUUUCAAUGAAUUGUUGAAAUUCAUUGUCUUCUCCUUUGUGCCUUGCUAAAAAUUUGUUAUAGAUUUGUGCUUAGUAGAUUUCAGGGUAUCCUAAUAGUAGAGAUAAAACAUGCUUCUUGUAUCUGAGGUAGCGAUGUAAUACUGAGAAUUCCAAUGUAUCCAUUUCUCAAACUAAAUGAUUUUUAAGAUAUCUGGUAGUGCUAUUCUACAAUGGUUUUUAACUAAUUUAUUUCCUGUGCUAAAUUCUAUGGUCGUGUUCUGACUUCACUACUUCAGAACUUUUCUAUUAUUCUAGUUUGAUUUAUUUAUUAUGUUGUAAUGACCUAGAAAAUGGCAUACUGACAUUUGUGGCCACUCUGUAGUUAACUGCGGAUGCUAUAGUGGAAAUGUGUAGAGACCCUUAGACGCUGUGCAAAACCUCUUUAUGACUUAUGAUUAGCGGAUGAUACAGUGAAAGAAGCACUUCAUAGUUGAACAUGUAUUCUUACCUCCCUAGUAAGUUUUGAUUCAAACACAGUGAACACCUGUAUACUAGUUUUGUAGACUUGCACAAUGAACAAAGGUUUCUUUGUCUUGUUCCUUAAAGAGGUUUAUUUUAUCUAUAUGUUUUAUUACCAUAGUGCAUUUUAAAUUUUAAUGAAGAUUGUUAUUGUCUCUCCAA